UCAGGUCCAGUUAGAACCUGACCAGAACCUGCCCUGUUCGGACCGGACCUCCUGGUGUCAGCUGAACUGAAGAACCGAUUCUGGACGAUCCGGACCGCCCCAACAGAACCAGGUCCAGAGGAACCCAAAGUGCUUCUGCAUUCAUUCAUUCAUUCAUUCAUUCAUUCACACUGAUGGUGAUGAGCUACUGCAUAGUAGCCACAGCCUGACCAGGUAGAAUCUCUGCACCGUCUUCGGUUUUCAUGAUGUUAGUAAAUAUUGAUGCAUCUGAAUUUAUACAUUUAUAUUUCUACAGUUUUCAGAUGUUCUUCAUGUUUCAGUUUCCUGGAUCAUUUCUGUCACGGUGAGGUUGAGAGGAUCCAGGUUUUAAACUUUGACCUCACCUGGCUCUGGGAUGCGGUUGCCAUGGUAACCCCUGCAGCUCGGUGACGCCGCAGGGAGAAGAUGAAGAGGAGAUCUGGGUCUGAUCAAAGAUCAACAAACUAAACCUUCCUCCUCCUCCUCUUCCUCCGGUCAGUAAAUCCAGAUCGGAUUGGAGGGAAAUUGGUGGCAAUUAAUCCUCUGGGAUUGAGAAGAGACCCCCCCUCCCCCUCCCCUCGGCCUCACCCCUCCUGCCCACCCCGCUGGUUCUGGCUCCUGAUUGGCUGCCGCCGCGGACCCGGGGGUCCGGGUCCGCAUAAAUUCCUCCCGCCGGGUCCCGGUCCCGUUUUUCGACCUUCAUCCCUCCUCUUCCUCAGCAUGACCGGCCGGGAGGAGCUCAGCGAGGACAAACCCAGGGUGCGGAUGCUCUCCCCGGGGUUCGGCAUCGACAAGGCCCGGCUGCACGGCUCCGGGUUCCGGUCCAAAGGCUUCGCCAUCACCGACCUUCUGGGCCUGGAGUCGGACCUGGCGGCGCGGCAGCAGCCCGCCGGGCCGCCGGGCUCCGGGCCGCCCGCCGCGGGCUCCGGGACCGCCGUGGAGCCUCCGGGCCCGGCCGGCGGCCUCGGCGGCUUCUCGUUCCCGGGCGGGUCGCUGCCGCUCGGCCUGGGCUUCCUGUGCAGCCUGGCGGCGCAGCAGCCCGCCGGGGCGCCGUGCUUCCUGCCGGGCCACCUGCCGCUGCUGCAGGCGCGGCCGGACGGGCACUACCUGCAGAACCUGGAGGCCCAGCGGGACCAGUACUCCGAUGAAGAGUGUCUGUCGGACCGAAACGACUCGAAAAGCUCCGGAAACUCCCAGAAGAGGAAGAAGAGGAGACACCGCACCGUCUUCACCUCCCACCAGCUGGAGGAGCUGGAGAAGGCCUUCCACGAGGCCCACUAUCCGGACGUCUACGCCCGGGAGAUGUUGGCCAUGAAGACGGAACUGCCGGAGGACCGGAUCCAGGUGUGGUUCCAGAACCGGCGGGCGAAGUGGCGGAAGCGUGAGAAGUGCUGGGGCCGCAGCAGCGUCAUGGCGGAGUACGGUCUGUACGGCGCCAUGGUCCGCCACUCCAUCCCGCUGCCGGAGUCCAUCCUCAACUCGGCCAAGAACGGCAUGAUGGGUUCCUGCGCCCCCUGGCUGCUCGGUGAGCCGCAUGCACGUAUGCACAAGAAGUCCCUGGAGAUGGCCAAGAAAUGCUCCAGCCCGCCGCCGCCCGACCCGUUCUGCGACGCCCCGCAGCGGCGCGCCGAUGGGGCGGGGCUUCAGGAGGGGGAGGAGACAGAGGAGGAAGAGGAGGAAGAGGAAGAGGCCAUCGACCUAUCCAGCUCUGCCAAACAGCCGCAGCAGGAAGAGGGCGGGGCCUCCGCAAGGACCGCCCCCUCGCCACAGCAGGGGAGCAGCGGCGAAUCAGAGGAACACAGCUGAAGGUGGGCGGGGCCUGCUCGGACUGUAAUCUGAUUGGCUCUUCGUUCAUGAGGAGGCGUCAUCUGUUGCCACGCAAACCGGCCGCAUUAAGGCGGAGUUUAUUUAUUAUGUGGCGUAAGUGAAGCAGGGCGGCCCCACCCACCCGGGAACCAAUCAGAGAGGAGUGGGCGGGGCAAGAGGAGAGGCUGAAAGUUCUGCAGAACUUCACUGGACCGGGUCGGACUCCAGAACUCCAGGACCCGUUUGGUUCUUUUCCCCGUUUUCUACCUGUGUUGGGAGGAAACUUCCUGUCUGUUCGUGUGUUUGGAGAUCAGAAUGUAAAAUACAAACUAUACUUACUGUUUAUGGUUGUUCUUGAUGUUAUUAUUAUUAUUAUUACUAAAUGUCUGUACAGCCAUUGGUCACCAGAGGGAAAAAUAAAAAUAAGAUAUUUUUGGAG